AUGACUGAAUCACAACCAAUCCGUCCACCUCGCCGGCCAAUCACUAGAAAUCGUGAUGGAUGUUUGACAUGUAGGAAGCGUAAAAUAAAGUGCGACCUGGGGAAACCGCAAUGCGAACGCUGCACCAAGUACUCUGUGAAGUGUAUCUACCGCAAAACGACAGAGAUAUUGCCCAUCCGACCUAUACGUCCUGCACAUUCUUCCCCCUCAGAAGCAACCGAUGAGGGAUCCUCACACCGGCAACCAGCAGGACCAGAUGCUCAGACAUCACCUGCGACAGGUCCGUCUCUGCCAAAUCACGCUCACGAUCUAAAGAGCCAGCACUCGACAUCCGUGACAUCCAAUACCCACAUUCCACCUUUAGCCCCUCAUCGCACCGCACAGCCAGGAUGGCAGAAUGCUUUGGAAACCUUGGGACCCGUGGAUCUGCUGAUGGCUGUCUGUCGUAACACUCGAAUGGCCUCGUACUUCCUGCAACCUAGUGAGCCUCCCAAUUUCCUACACGCAUUUUUCCCGUCCAUCGAGGACCUGCAAUGUUUCCAUCACUGCGUUACAUAUUCCUUCUCCAUCAUCGUUGUCUCGGAAGAUCAUAAUCCUUGGGUAGGGAGCGUAGCUCCGUUGUUCAUGACAGCACAGGGCGAAGAAAGCACUAGUGGUACGGCACUCAAAUUGUCUAUGUUGUACAUGGGUGCUGUUCAUCUCUCCUAUCUGCAAGGACGAGAUGGGAGUACCACUGCCAGUAUCAACACCAGAUCUCUCGCGCUCAACUACAGGAAGGAUUGUCUCAGACUAUUGCGAUCACUCUCUUCCAAGAACCCUCCGACGUGCGAUGCUGCUGUCUUGUCAGCAUGCGCCUUGACGUUGACAGCCGAUCUGCUUGGGACGAAUCCGAAGUGGAGAGAGUUGAUGCGAAUCGUCAAGAGUACUAUUGAACGUGUAGGAGGAAUGGACGUGAUCAUUCCUACUUCGACCUACGUGGAUCCCGCGAUGAAAUGUGCUGUGGAGUCUCUUGUGACACUCAGUCUGCUAGGUUCAUUCUCUACUGGUAUUGAUUAUAGUAUCCUAUCAGGCGAUAUUCACGGAGCUCCCAUCUGGUGGACGAUACUAGCAGAGGCAGAAGAGAAACAGCACGGGUUACGUCGAUUUGAAGAGCUGUGUGGGAUUUCUCGCUCAUUAAUCACGUUAUACGCCACUCUUUCAUCAUUCCUGAUCACCACCGGUACUCCAUCUUUCGUGGACACCGAAACGGCCCAUCGGAUAGAAUCGGAUUGGAAUGCAUGGGUGAUGACGAAGGGCGCUCUAGAAACAGAGGAAAGAGUCAAAGCAGGAUCCUUAGCAAUAUGGCAAGCGGGUAAUAUAUCCAUCCUUAGAACGAUCCACAAAGCUUCGAGAACAGACGAGCGGGUUCAGAAGGCUGCCAUGGCUGUCCUGGAGUUAUGCGCCUCUGUAGGGGAUAAGGUAGAAUAUAUGAACUGGCCUCUGAUCAUCGCCUGUUCGACUUUGACAGAUCCCAUCAGCCGUGACUCCGCCCGCGCUCAGCUGAAGUUGUUCGUACCUCAAUGCUGUUACGAGAUCGAAGUGGUACAGAUGGUGUGCGAAGAGAUGUGGACGAGAAUAGAUGAGGGUGAGGACGAACAGGCAUGCGGUUGGGUGGAGAUUUUGCUAGAAUCUGGGUGCCCCGUCUUGCUUGGCUAG